AUGCGGGACAAUAAAGAGGUUGAGGUCCUUGAAGACGUCAACGACCUCGUUGACGACGAGCUCGCCCUAUACCCGUUCUACGCCGAGGCCUACGAGGAGCUGCAGGCAGCAGAGGAGGAUGACGUCGCAAAGGAGGCGGCAGAGGCAGCGGCGGAGGCGGCAGAGGAGGAGUGGAACGCGCCAGAAGAAGGCGGUGAGGCGGGAGAGUAG